AUGCCCAAGAGCGAAAUGCCUUGCGACUACGGAUCCGUAUACCCUGUUAUCGCCAGUGACAUGCUUGUGUACAGUCUCAGGGUAGCAUGGCAAAGUCGUCACAUCUUUAUUUCCGAGCAGCUUCACUUCAUCACAUUCGAUCAGCUAAGCGCACAAUUUCACGAUCUCCAGCCCCUGCACCGUAUCUUCAGCAUCUGCCUGCCAUCAGCUCCGGACCUUGGCUACCGAGAUCCAGCACCCCUGUUCCUUCUCCUCACGAUGUACGACACAGUGACUUCCUCAUAUCCCAAAGCCCCACUGUUCCGCCCUCUGCGUGCAAUCGGUACCCAACCAACAGGCCAGCCGCGCGUGCCCACGCUAGCACCAACCCCAGGCUUGACGCGAUCAUUCAAAAUAGCGAUGUUAUUCGCCCUGAAGAAGUCGACCGAGCAUGAUGUCGAGAUGAAUCCUCCACAUCUUUGGCUCCGAUCGGCUCUCUCAGGGCCAUCGCAUCUGGCUCGCCCGGCUAAUGCGAGAUACACAGCUUGGGGGAAAGCUCAGCUUCUAUUCGGGGAAUCGUGGAUGGACCUGGACCUGCAUCGACCGGAAUCUUGGAAUCACCUGAACAUGGGAGAUGAUGCCAAGACCUCCCAAUUGGGCGACGUGCAUAUCAGAGAUAUACUGUUGCUCUCACCGCUUCAUCUUGCCUGCAUUUUCCCACCCCCAACCGUGGAGCAUCAUUUGCUUUCUUUUGUUCAACGAUUUUCGUCAUCGCAUCCAGCGGUGAAGCUGUUGAAGAUGCUAAGUUCACACCAAUGCAGCUCACCCGAAACAGAACCAAACUCAACAACGGCAGGUGCUGCACGUUUCAGCCCCACGAAGGAAUCCUGGAAUACCUUGACCGAAAUCCUCUGGCAUUCCCGCGUAUCUGCUUCCAUCGCAUAUUCAUCGUCCCGGGCCGAACCCCCAACCUCUCUUUUUUCUUCACGUGCUACAUGUAGAUUUCCCCACCCCCACACAUCCGUCGAUCACCGAAAGCGAGGUAUUGCGCUUCAAUACCCUGUCUUGGAAUCGUCUAGGAAGUUGACUCGACUGACGGCCUACACGAUCGGCUUGUCCCGACACACCGAUCAAGAAGACUGCGCAGCUCAAACCCCGUCCAUCAACAAGCAAGAUCCUGCGACGGCUUACAGUUUCCACUGUCCUGCAACGCCGCGAUCGGCUAUCAUACCUGCAGCUUCUGGAGCCUCGCAGCAUGCGAGAUAUAGAACUCGGUCUAAACUCCUUCUCAUCAGACAUGCCUCUCGCACGGGCAGCUUAGAUCUCUCUGAACAUACAAUUGAAAUGCAGAUGCAAUGGCCAUACUCGGGAGAUUACCAUUUAGGUUCGACGGGAAUAGGCACUCUAAAGAAACUUUAUGAGACACACCCAAGUCUUGCCACGCGAAUUUCGUCAAGACGUCGUCGACCUGGCUUGGGCGGCUGGAUUGAAAAGCCGGCACCCCAAACCGGUUACGACCUUCUGACAGACGAUGAGUGUGUAAUCUUGGUAUAUGCUACAUGCUGCAUGCUUCAUAUGCAUUCAGCAUUGAGGAGCCAAUUUCUAAUAUGCGAAUUCUACCAAUCAUGUUCAUCUCAGUAUCACCAUCAUCCCAUCCACUUCCAAUCCACGCAGCGACGGAGUAUAAUGCCAUCUCUUCAUCAACUAAACUAUCGCCUGCAACUAAGACCACAACAAGUACAAGACGCAGCAGCGUUUUCUGCACACACCUUCUGGCCAACCACAACCGCCAACGGAACCCCACCCUCCCUCCUUUCCAGCCCCAUGGGAAACUCCGUACAGACUCGAACGCACAGAUAUGCGAGCAUCGCACUGUCUUACCUCAUAUCUGGGAAUGGAUGCACAACACCGCUUCGAGGAAAUGAGAUGCAUGCAAUUGCCGGACAAGAGUCUUUCUUCCCAUCCACCCAUUCAUCUACCCUCACAAAGCAAACUCUCGCCAUGAAACAGCCCAUCGCAUCGAUACGCGAGACAUCCACUUCAUCCCAAAAGCAACCCUCUCUCGCAUCAAUGUCGUUAUGA